AUGGCAAGCAUGACAGUUUCCAAGGCAGCUCUGGCAAUUAUCGGUCUGGUGGCACUAUUGAGCUUGAGUGCACCUGAUGCAGUAGAGGGACUGACCUGUGGACAAGUGACAAGCUCACUAAGUCAGUGCAUGAAUUACCUGAAGAUGGGCGGUGUUUUGCCACCAGGGUGUUGCAGCGGGGUCAAAAGUCUGAACGGUAUGGCUAAGACUCCACUGGACAGGAAACAAGCAUGCACUUGCCUCAAAUCCGUGUCUGGGAGCAUCAAGGGUAUCAACUAUGGCUUGGCAGCUGGGCUCCCUGGAAAGUGCGGAAUCAGCAUUCCUUAUAAGAUCAGCCCUGGCACCGACUGUUCCAAGGUGCAGUGA